AAUAAUUAUGUAUUUGACACUUUGACAGACAGUUAGUAAAUAGGAAGGUAUCUAAUUUGAUUGGAGUUGUGUUUAUCAACUUUCAAUGUUUUUGUGUUUUAUAAUGCGCUAUUGUUUUAUUACGCACUAAAUUGUAAUGAAGAGACUGGAGCAAGUGUAAUAGUUGAUUUGAUUAUUGUAAUUACAUAAAAAAUGGAGCCGGCACUAUCAUCCGACGAUAGUUGUGAUUCCGAAAUGAAGCAUAUGAAGAGUGAAUUGAUCGAAUAUGGCUUGGAGGAAGAGAAUCUGAGUAAAGAAGAAAUGAGUGAUCUUUUGAAAGCUUUGAAGAAUUCCAAAUCUUCAGUAAGGGAAGAUAGAGCAGCUCGCGAUACCGAAAACACUGAGAGAGUUGAUCUUAUUUCCACCCCCAACAAGUCUAUGAAAAGGAGGUACUUAAAUGUGAGAGACAGACGCCUGCCCUGGAGUUUGUUGCCCUCUACUAUAUCACCUGCUGAGAAAGCCCGCAGUCUGGCAGUUUAUAUAAAACUAAUGUCUUUAAACAGCUAUCACCAGGCCAGGCAAUCGGCUAUCUUUGCUGCCUGGCCACCACCACUGCAGAUUGUGGAGGAGACCACCAGAGUGCAGCCAGUAAGGUCUACUAGGAGUGGCCGCACUGUGCCUGUGUAUGCUGACUUUGAUGAUGAUUCCUCAGACUUAGACUUUGUUGUCACUAAAACCAAGAAAAGAAAAGUGUCAGCUAGUGAGCAGAAUGGGAAUGAUGGCAUCUACACUAAUAAAGUUAUGAGCUUAAAAAGGAAGCCAUCAAAGGAUGAAAAUAACAGACCUGUGAAGGAGGCUAAAAUGUCUCCAGAAAAUAAAGUAGAAGCCAACACUUCAGUUGUUCCUGUGAAGCCUAAGAAAGAUCUUUUUACUUUAAUCGAAGACUGAAGCCCCACCUAUCCUGGAUUUGCUGUAAUUUAGAGCAUUUUAUGUUUCAAAAAUUAAGAUGUGCAUGUUAAUGUUUCUUUAAAGGAUUCUUUAAUAUUUUUUUCAAAGAAACAUUAAUAUUGAGUUGUUUUAAAUUGUUUAUAGAUGUCUAUUGUAUAUUGUGUUCUCAUUUGGAUAACACAGAAUCAGCCAUAGAUGAUUCUGUUUCACAAAUGACAAUGUGCAUAAUAAUAAUAUUUCCUUUACAAAGAUAUUUGUGUUAAAGAAAUAUUCAUAUUGAGAUGGUUUCAAUUAAUUUGAUUUAUUAGAUGUCUAAUGUCUAUUGUUUAAUUCAAAUGUAUCAAGAUGAUUUUAAAAUUAUAUUUAUUUAGUUCCUAAAUCAUAAUGGAAGGUAGAUUUCACCAUAAUGUCACAACUACCUUUGUGUAUUAUUAAAAUACAUUACUAUUAGGUCCUUGAAUAGGUUCUUGCUGUUUUUGUCAUACAUUGCCCAUAGUAAUAGUUUAGUAUCAUUAAUUCUUGAGUCUCAAGAAUAGCAUACACUAUAGUCAUUAUUUAGAAGUGAGAUGAUCUACAAAUAUAAUAAUAAUGUUUUAAUGUGCAUACAAACUAUGGAGUGUUUCUAAUAUCUUUUUUGAGUAACAAAGCAUAAUUAUGUUCAAGGACCUAAUAGGUAUAUCAAAAUAAAUAAAUGAACAGUCAAAUCUCAAAGCAUGAAGUAUAUGAUAAUUAUAUAAUAAUUACGAAGAUAUAGAUAAAGAAUGUUUUCUAAAUUUUGUAAAGUAUAAGGUGUUAUAAACAUGAUUGAAAUUUUUUCAUAGUUUUCUACGAAUCAAAUUGUCAUUCAUAACUAGGUAUACAUAUUUUAAUUUUGUUGUAUCUCAAAUAUUUAAAUUUCUCGUAGUUUUAAUAAUAUAAUUUUAUCACAAAGAUCAUGUUCUUGUAAACAAGCUCUCAUAAUGGAAAUAAGCAUAAGUCAUGGAUGUAGUAUUUUAAAUUGGGUCCUACACCAGUAUAUUACUACAGUAUAUUCAAUUGGGAUAAUGAUAUUAUGCACAUAAAAAUCUAAGUAAUACAUCAAUCACACAGUAAAAGAUUGUAAGACAUGAUGAUCAUGAGAAAAAAAAGAAAUCAAGUUUGGAAUUUUAAAAAGCGACUGGUUUUUCGUAUGUAUGUUACCAAGAAAUUAUUGAUUCUGCGGCGAAACGAGAGCGUGUUCGGCGUUCUGAUUUGUUGGUUUAUUCGAGCCGGCCAAUCAGAGCGCCGAACGCACUCUUGCUUCGUUUUUGUUCAACGUAAAGCCAAUUCAUACUUAAGAGUAGAGAACACAUGUCCAAUACUUUAAUUAACUUAUAAUUCCAGACGGCUACGAAAACAUUUUUUUUUAUUAUCAUUCCUAUUAUACUGUGUUGUUAAGAGUUACAAGCAGAUGGGGAGGGAGAAGAGAGUAAGACUGAGGAGGAAAGAAGCUUUGAAUUGGAAACAAAAUUGUAUUUGCUAUGAAUCUAUGUUAUUUGUGUAAUUCAAUGUAGUUGUACACAUUACACAAACGACUAUAUUUUACACAAACUAAUUUUCGAUCUCUUAGGUACCAAAAUAUUAGUAAGACCCAUUUACGAUAUUACAUCUAUGUCUUAUUUCUACUUUUACUAUUGAAGUAGUGAGGAUAAGCUUUUGUCUUGUUGUUUGUUUUUCAGGCGUUAUUUUAGUAUUUAAGUUUGGUUAAAUUUUGGUGCUGUAUUGUGAUUUUGUUUAUGCCUACUGUAUGUUGCGUUGCGUGUUUGAACUUAUUAUUUUUUAUUGUAAAACUUGUAGACCUCCGAUAUAGAUUUUCCCACUGGAUAUACAGGUGUCCCUGAAGUCGACUUCCAAAUGGGACCAGGUUAUCGGCGAUGUUCCAACUGUUAUCAGGAAAAUAUAAAACAAUUUCUCAAGUCCUACGAUUUUUAAAUUAUAAUAUUUAUGUGUUAUCCAAGAAAAUGUACACUCUGUUCCAGUUUCUUGACUCUAGUUGCUACAAAUCUUUAUGUUUUCGUCUGUAUUUUUGCUUACGUUAUCCUGAAUAGUACUGUUAACUGCUUUAAAUUUCACCAAAGUUGGCGCAUUUAGGAAAGAUUCUAAAAUACCACUUUGCAGAUAAUUUCUUAAAUUCGGCACAAUUAUUUGCACUUACUAAAUUUUCUUCUAGUCAACAACAUCGUCUAUCUACUCAUGAUUUCGCUAGUAGCAUUUGUCGGCAAUAUUGUCGCAAGACAAUAGAAAGAUAUAGACAAAAUAAAAACAAGAGUCAAGAGACUGACACAGGGUGCACUUUUUGUGGAUAAAACAUAAGUCACUGUAAUUUAAAAACUGUAGGACUUAAUAUUUUUUUUAUAUUUUUAUGAUAACAGUUGGAACCUUGUCGAUCAUAUGGUGCCAGUUGGACGUCGACUUCAGAGGCAUUUGGUAUAUAUAAAUUGCUAAUACAGAUUAUAGGAAAGUACCCAGUAGUCAUAGUUAUUUGUUUACAAUUGUAUAAUUAGUUUUAAAGCUUUCGGCAAACGCGAUUACGACAACUAUUAUUGUUAAGAUUAUGUAAUCAAAUAAUUGUAUUAUUUAUUGUCGUGAGGUAACUGCUUCGGAAACUCGUGUACUCUAAAUAAAACAAAAGUAUUAUA